AUGAAGCUUCUUCAAUGGAGAAUUCGGUGCAAAGAUCUUCAAAGUUUGAAUCGAAGAAUGCCAAAAUCAGUCAGUUUAAGUCGUGAGUUUCUGCAUUUGAGGAAGAACAGUUGGUUGAAGAAGGGGGAAAAAAGGCAUCUGAGGGAGAAAAGAAGGAGAUAUUAUGGUUGUCAGUUCAGUGUCCCGCCUAAAGUUAGGUCAUCUUGCUUGAUUCUUCAUUCCAAACAGGCAAACACAGUCAUCUUGCUUCUCCAAUCUUCAAUUCUUCACGCCGUUAUCUUCUUCACCAUUCACAUUGAGACGUCAUCAUCUUCUUCUUCAGUUCUUCAGUUCUUUAAUUGGUUGAUCACCAUUUAUGUGCGAUUUGUCACAGAUUUAAGUAACCAUUGGAUCUACAUGGAUUCUUACCCACGACCACCAGUACCACCAUCUAGAUUUUCGACCAUGGGGUCGUCUUUUGAUGAUAAUGGAAAUUCACUACCGAAUGAAGAAAGUGUUGAUCGCUUGUUCAAUGACGAUGAAGAUGCAAGAUCACCAAUUAAAAAACAGAAAAAACAACCUCGUGCAACAAGUGGUACGAGGAGUAAUAGAUCAAAAUGGUGGGAUCAUUACACAGUUGAUGAAUUGGAUUCAACAAUUGCUCAUUGUAAGAAAAAACUUGCUACAAUGCUUAUUGUGGAUGAAUUGCCUUUUGCUUUUGUUGAACGUGAAGGAUUUCGUGAGUAUUGUAGGGCUUUGAAUCCUUUAUUUACGAUUCCUUCUCGUAGCACUGCCACUAGAGAUUGUUAUAGUCUUUUCAUUGAAAUAAGAAAUGAGUUGAAAUUGUUUUUUCAAAAGUUUAAGUCACGAAUUUGUCUAACAACAGACACUUGGACAUCAGGGCAAAACUUAAGUUAUAUGUGUUUGACUUCACAUUUUAUUGAUGAUAACUGGAAUUUGCAAAAGAAAAUCAUAAACUUUUGUCCUAUUGCUGGUCACAAGGGAAUACUAAUUGGCAGAGCCAUUGAAAAAUGCUUGAUUGAUUGGGGUUUGAAAAAUAUCAUGACAUUGACCGUAGACAAUGCAAGUUCAAAUGACAUAGCGGCCAAUUACCUUAAGAAAAGACUUAACAUUUGGGAAACUAGUUUGUUGGAGGGUCAAUACCUACAUAUGAGAUGUGCGUCACAUAUUUUGAAUUUGAUUGUGAAAGAUGGUUUGAAUGAAGUUGAUUUGUCUGUUUUGAAAGUUCGUGUUCUUGUGAAGUAUGUAAGGUCUUCUCCUGCUAGGCUUAACAAGUUUAAAGAAUGCAUAAAAGAGGAGAAAGAGGAGAGCAAAAGCCUUGUUAUUUUGGAUAUUGAAACUAGAUGGAAUUCAACUUACCUAAUGCUUGAAUCUGCUAUCAAAUUUAAAAAGUCAUUUGCUUCUUUAUGCAUGAAAGAUUCUGCUUUAGUUAAGUUACUUAGGAAGUUUGGUGGUGCUCCUACUGAAGAGGAUUGGAAGAAAGUGUCUACUUUCUUACCUUUUUUGAGUGUUUUUUAUGAUGCAACUUUGAGAUUUUCUGCUUCUCGUUAUGUAACUUGCAACUCUUAUGCACAUGAGAUUUUUGGGACUAGAUUAUUGCUUGCCAACAACAUGAGUGUCGAUGAUGAGGGUAUGAGGAAAAUGGCUACCAAUAUGAUGGCAAAAUAUGACAAAUAUUAUGGAAACAUCGAUAAUAUCAAUAUUUUAGUGUUUGUAGCUGUUCUCCUUGACCCUAGGCAUAAGUGGAAUUAUGUUGAUUGCAUUGUGCAUGCUUCAUAUGAUGCCACAAAAGCUACUCUCUUGUCACUAAAGAUUAAAAUGGUUUUUCAAAAUUUGUUUUAUUCUUAUUCUUAUACUACGCCUCCACCAAAGACAAGUGGAGCUACUUCCUCCACUUCCACCUCUUCAACCUCUACCAUUUUUACUCAAAGUGGAACUCAAGGAGUGGGGAAGGUGGACCUUAUUGAACUAAUGAAUUCAAGAUAUCAAAUGGAGAUAGGUUGUUCAUUAACCAAUCUAAACAAAAGUGUGUUGGAUAGGUAUUUAGAAGAUGCAUGUGAACCUCAUGAUUCUAACUUUGAUAUAUUACUAUGGUGGAAAGAUCAAACAAAAAGGUAUCCCAUUCUUCAAAAGAUGGCUAAAGAUGUGCUUGCUACACCUAUUUCUACCGUUGCUUCUGAAUCGGCUUUCAGUACUGGUGGUCGUAUUCUAGAUGAUUUUCGAACAUCAUUGACUCCAAAGAUGGCCGAAGCCCUUAUUUGCGCACAAGAUUGGCUUCGUAUUUCUAGAACUCCUUUAGCAAUAGAGGAGAGUUUGCUUGCACUUGAAGAAAUGGAGGAAGGUAAUGCAUUAACUUUGGAGCAUCCGGAGGUCAUAAUCGAUGAAACUCUUGACGUCGUUGAAGAUGAUUAA